AUGAAGUUCUCCCUCGCUAUAUUGGCUUUACUGGGGGCUAUAGACUCGACUAUAGCGACCACCACAGCCCCCAGCACCCCGAGCGAUUCGACCUUGGAUGCGACAAAUGACAAUUCUGUGGUCGCUGGUGCUUACAUUGUAGAGUUUGAGGAUGAGAAUGAGGAGACCGAUGUUUUCUAUCAGGGAUUGAGCGCAGAUGGCAUCGAUGUCGACCAUCGUGUGGACCUUCGGUAUAACCUGUUCAAGGGCGCUUCCUUCAACCUCAGGAACACGGACAGCCUGAACGAAACGGUCGCGGCCAUCGCCGGACUCCAAAAGGUCAAGAACAUCUGGCCCGUCCGAAGGCUCUCGUUCCCAAAGCCCAAUCCAGUGUCAGUAGGAAACAACGCUACUGCCCUUGCUGCCCACACCAAGCGCCAGCAGGUCGAGGAGAAGCCCUUUUCGCCUCAUCUCAUGACUCAGGUUGACCGGCUUCAUGCUGGGGGUAUCACUGGAGGCGGCAUCAAGAUUGGGAUUGUCGACACUGGAGUUGACUACCUGCACCCUGCAUUGGGCGGAUGUUUCGGCGAGGGCUGCCUCGUUGCGUACGGCUACGACUUGACGGGCGACGAUGACAGCUCCCCGGUUCCUAUUCCGGAUGAUGACCCUUAUGACGACUGCUUUGGCCAUGGAACUCAUGUGACGGGUAUUAUUGCUGCGCAGGCGAAUGAUCAGGGUUUCCUCGGUGCAUCUCCAAAUGUAACCAUUGGGAUGUAUAAGGCUUCUGGGUGCGGUGGAUCAACCACGAAUGAUAUCUUGAUUGCAGGCUUCAACAUGGCUUACGAAGCCGGAAGCGACAUCAUCUCUUGCUCUGCCGGUGAUGACUCUGGGUUCGCCUCGGACCCGUGGGCCAUGGCUGCGUCGCGUAUCGCCGAUGCAGGAGUCCCCGUCAUUGUGGCUCUGGGCAAUUCCGGUAGCGACGGGCUGUGGCAGGCUGCGACUCCUGCUAGCGGUUGGUCAGUCACUGCUGUUGGCAGCGUUGAGAACACACUUUCGCCAGUCAUCCAGGCUGCGGCGUCGUUCUCGAUCGAUAGUGGUGUGCAAGAGAAGUUCGGCCUGCGAUGGGGUUCGCCGGCUUUCCAAGAAAACUUGACCCUGCCGCUAUGGUCUGUCAGCAGUGCCAUCGGAGCCUCGGCUUGCAGCGCACUUCCUGAGGAUACGCCAGACUUGUCAGACAAAGUUGUCCUUGUAGGCAUAUCAGUUGAGAACGGCUGCUAUCCGGAAACACAAGCGGGAUUUAUUGCUGCAAAGGGUGGUCGUUACAUCCUCUACUACGACCUCAAGAAUGGGACCACUUCACAGCUCUACAUCUACGAUGCCAACAUCAAAGGCACCGCCUCGAUCACUGUCGACCAGGGUAUUGAGUUUCUCAACCUUCUCAACGACGGCCAGAAUGUCACGGUUGAUAUUACAGACUAUUCGAACGCGGGCAUCUUCGUCCAGAAUUGGGACAACACAGAGGGUGGCGGAUACACGAGCAAGUCUUCCAGCUGGGGGCCGACGUUCGAGGUCGAAAUUAAGCCUCAGAUGACGGCACCCGGCGGCAUGAUCCUGUCGACCUACCCGCUACGGCUGGGAGGAUAUGCCGCAAUCUCAGGCACAUCCAUGGCUACGCCUCUCGUGGCAGCGGCCUUUGCGCUCGUCGGUCAGGUGAAGGGGACACUUGACCCGGCGACUAUCCGCCAUGCUCUCUCUGUCACCGCCAAGGCGUUGAACUUCCAUGAUGGAACGUCGCCCUAUGGCAUUCUGGCUCCGGUUGCCCAGCAGGGAGGCGGCAUGAUCCAGGUAUACGACGCUGCCUACGCCGCAACAACGCUAAGCGUGAGCAGCCUAGCACUCAACGACAGCGAUCACUUUGUCGCGGACCAAACGUUCAGCAUCCAGAACUCGGGCUCUCAGGACGCGACUUAUACCCUUGGCCACGCCAAAGCCGCCACAAUGUACUCGCUCCAGCAAGGAGCGAAAGUCCUCGUCACUGUAAACUUCCCUGGACGCAUGGUGGACGACUGGGCUACGAUCAGCUUCGAAUCCGACUCCAUCACCGUUCCGGCUGGUGGCAAGGCCGAGGUGAAGCUGACGGUGACGCCUCCUGCCACCGCCAACGCGACCUUGUUGCCAGUGUACAGUGGGUACAUCACCCUGAACAGCUCGACCGGCGAAAACCUCUCCUUGCCGUACCUGGGAGUCAAAGGGAGCUUGCACGACACGCCUACGGUCCAGGGCGGCGGUGGCGCCGAUCUGGCUGGCGUCUACCUGACGGACACCAACGGCCACUUCAACAUCCCAGCAGCGGCCAACAGAACCUUCACGAUACCGAGACCUGACGCAAAUGUCACGGGCCCAUCUCCGGUAUACCCCAAGCUGCGGGCCAGCAUGACCCUGGGCACUCGGGAGCUCCGAGCAUACGUCGUCCCGCUGUCCAGCACGACGCUGCCAACGACGACCGUCCUUGGCUAUCAGAGUUUGGGGUCCAUGCCUGGAUUCCCCAAGGAGUGGCUCUAUAGAGGUGGAACGUCGCAGUAUUUCUGGGGCCAGCUGGCGGAUGGCACAAUCGUCCCUGAGGGCACCUACAAGAUCGUCGUGAGCGCACUGCGGUCGUUUGGCGACGCGAGCAAGGACGAGGAUUGGGUGUCGGCGGAAACGGUGCCCUUCGUCAUAGACUACACCGAAUAA